AUGGACACAGGCAAACGGCUAGCAGAGAAGAUGGCGGAACACACCGAAACAGAAAUCAACACAUCAGCCGCCCUGAUACAACUACCGCCAUACAACUCGAUCAACUCCAGGAGUUGGUUUAUUCAACUUGAGGCGAUAUUUUCAGCCCGAAAGGUCACACGACAGGACACUAAAUACGCCUCCGUGGUACAAGCCUUACCAGCAUCAAUCGUUGAAGAAGUGGAAGACAUCCUUCUCAAUACUCCAGACCAACUCCCAUACACCUGCCUCAAAGAAGCCAUCCUCAAACGAACUGGACGUUCGGACGAAGACCUCAUCAGAGACUUAUUCUCUAAUGUGUCUCUCGGCGAUAGGACACCAUCCCAGCUCCUCCGCCUGAUGAAGAUCCGCCUCGGGAACAACACCAUGGCAGAACCCGUCCUCCGAGGGCUAUGGAUGGAUCGGUUACCACCGAAUAUAACACAAGUUCUAGCCCUGGUACCAGUAGAGACGCCCCUUGACGUUGUGGCCGACUCAGCCGACAAAAUAUACUCCCAGGCUCACCAAAAAGUUCACCAGGUUGAAAGCCACGGAAACCACACACAACGCCUCGAAGAGGAGAUGACCCAGCUACGCGCAGAGUUGAGAGACCUGAAACUCUCCCUAUGCCGGAGGCAGCGAAGCCCAGCACCACGCACGCGAAAUCGAAGCCGUACCCGCAGCUCAAGUCCAGGACGGAGAAACAGUGUGGACGAAUGUUGGUACCACCAAACCUUCGGUGACCGAGCCCGCAAGUGCCACCCUCCCUGCAGACGCAAUAAGGCCCAGGGAAACGAAUAG